AUGAAACCUCAAAAUGAUAUUCCUCUACGUUCAGCUAAAAAGGCAGUUCGUCGCAUACGAAAUGCCAAUAAUCGUGCUGUCCGUAACGAUCUUUUAUCAUCUAUACAUGUUAAUGAUUCAAUUGAUGUUGAUGAUCAAAGCGAUAUAUUCGACGAUCAAACAAAUAAAAUACAUGAUGUUUUAAUGCAAGACCAAAGCAACGAACAAUCUAGUAGCGAUUCAAUUUCAUUCGAGCAUUCUAUGAACGAUAUGGCUAGUGUUCAUUCGUAUUCAAACAAUACUGAUGAUGAAGUUCAAGACAAUAUUGCACAGAAUUUCGUCGAUAAUAAUGUCAAAUCUAGUGAAUAUAAUCUGAAGGAAAUAUCAAUCGCACUUACCUUAUUUCGACACAGACAUAGCUUAUCAAAAUCAUGUAUCAAUGAUCUAUGUGAUUUGCUCAGAUCUCUUGGUAUAAAGAAUGUACCAACUGAUUUCCGUUCUAUUGAACGAAAUAUGAUGUUUAAUCAGGAGAAUAUAUUACAAAGUAAGAAAUAUAUUGUCUGUUCCGAAUGUGGUACUAAAGGAGCAAGUACAUCAAAAUGUGAAAAUGCAAAUUGUAAGUCGAGCACCGGUUUUGCAUCCGUUCCAACUACACUGUGUACGUUUAAAAUUCUACCACAAAUAACAGCUAUACUGGAUAGAAACGAUUUAAUUGAUGAAUCAAAUAGCAAUCAUUCGAAAAUAUCCGAUGUUAAAGAUGGUAGUGUGCGGCGAGCAAUUGCAUGUCAAGAACGAAAACUGGACCCAACGAAGAAGAUAGUGACUCUGUUAUUGAAUAGUGAUGGAAUAGUGUUGAAGAAGUUCAGUCGUUCUAUUUGGAUAUGUUGCGUGGUAAUCAAUGAACUACCUCGUAGGAUUCGAUUUAAUAAUGAUAAUAUUAUUAUUUGUUCUAUCUCUAUGGGUGGGACGAAACCCAAAAAGGAUCAUUUUCAAGAUUUUGUCUCUGAUUGGAUAUAUGAAUUACAUCAACUGGAAUUAGGCUUUCACAUAUCUCCUCCAAGUUUAAAUACUAGCUUUGUCAAAGUACACGCUUAUCUCAUUGCUGCAGCACUCGACAAACCAGCAGCUGCACUUGUAAUGAACUUGAAAGAGCACUCUGGUUUCUACAGUUGUGUUCAAUGCACUAUUCGAGGAACAUCCGUUCCAGUUCGAGAUGGCAGUACACGUGUUUUUAUACGAAAUAAAAACGAAAAUAUCAAAUAUAGAAAUAAUACCCUAUAUGAUCUAUGCAUGACCAAACUAUCACAAAAACGUAUGAUGGAAAUGUGGUUCACAAGUCGUCUAGAAUUAUAUUCUAUACAUAAGAAUUUGAAUGUAGUCGAAGAUAAGUUGGACACUAUUCAAUAUCCAACCACCACAUAUCAUUUACCAUCGCAGCUAAGAUUUUUCAAGACGUACAAAGGAAAUGAAUACAGAUUGACAUUGUUAUUUGGUUACCAGUAUUUCAAAUCAAUUCUUCCCGAACAAUACUAUCAACAUCUGAAACUUUUGGCCUUCGCGAUGGGUUUAGCUGAAUCAACUGUUUUGGAUAAUGAAACAAUUGAAACUAUUCAUGUUUUAAUUGAUGAGUUUGAUCGGCUGUUUCCUUUGUUAUAUUCGGAAAAAUCAGUGACGUCUGUGGUUCAUUCAAUGAGUCAUAUCCCGCAAACAUUGAGAGACUUCGGUCCUAUGCAGAAUUAUUCUACAUUUAAUUUUGAAAGUGUUGUCGGUUGUAUCGUUCAAUCCGUUAAUGGCCCAAAUUUAAUCGUUACUGAGCUAGUAAAUAAUAUUAAUCUUGUACAACGUGCCACAGCUGAAUCUAAUAAUGAUAGUUUCAACUCGUCUCUCAAACUAUUUGUCCGUCGUCUUUUCUCUUCAAAACGACAAGCACUUCCGAAACAAAACAAUAUGGAGGCAAAUGAGAAUUUUCGUCUUGCAAAGAAAUUAGAAUUACCGAAUGAUCACAUUGUUAUGGUUCAUCUAAGCAAUCUUCCAAUUUUUAACUUUACUUUGUACAAGACUUGCUGGAAAAACAAAGUGCAGUUUUCAAUAUAUGAUUCAAACUCAGUCGCAAAAAAUAGUGAUUCAUGUAUACUGUUCAAAAAUGGUUCCAACGAAUUGAGUUGUGGGUUUGUAAUGGCCAUUGUCCAUGAUUCGAAACAGAAACGUUCUGUGACAAUUCAUCUAGUACAUAUCAACCGCUGGGAUUCUUUAACAUUCAAGAAGAAAUGUAUCGUUAAUCCAUUUAUCUUUUGGGGACAACUUACAAAACCACCUGAACUUAAAACAAUUGAUGUUCAUGAUAUCGAUGUGAAAAUUGCAUAUAAUCAUUUCACAAAAUUUAGUUGGUUAUUUCCGUUGAAAUCGAAAGAAGCUAGUGGCGUUGCUUUUCAUUUGAAAAAUAUAUUCCAUGCCUCUGGUCCACCUAAAAUAUUACCAUCAGAUAAUGGGAAAGAAUUCGUGGCGAACGUAAUCUUGAAUUUGAAAAAUAAUUGGCCAGAUUUAUUAAUCAUCAAUGGACGUGCGAGACAUCCACAAAGUCAAGGACUAGUGGAAAGAGCCAAUGCUGUCGUUCAACACAUGUUAGGCAAAUGGUUAGAUGUAAAUGAUACUUCUGAUUGGCGAAGUGGUUUAGGCCCUGUGAUGUUAGCAAUUAACAAUUGUACCCCACAGAGUACAAAGAAAACACGAGAUGAAGUGGUUUUCGGACAGUCAUUGAAAAUUGAUCAUGAAUUUUGGUUAGAAUUGCACAAGACAUCCGCAACCAGUGAUUCAAUUAUUAACGAAGAAGAAUUAGCUGAUUCUUUUCUUGAAAAAAUAAGUGCUGCUGCACCAUUUGUUCAACGACAGCUGAAAACUUAUGAACGAGCAUUGAAAAAACGAAAAUCUUUUGAAUUAAACGAUAUUGUUGGUUUGAAAAUAUCAGAUGCCGAUCGUUCAAACACGGCACCUAUUGUUUUACCUUACAAAAUAAUUGAAAUAAUUGAAAAGGAUGAUUCUGCCAACGUAUUUUACAGAUUAGCUACACAAGAUGGUAUCAUUAGUGAACUAUUUUCUUCAUUAGAUUUCAUGGAUUUAACUCAAACUGUAUCCGCAGAUUUACGGAAACUUAAUACAUAUGCAUUACCGAUAAUAACAUUCAUUCAAGCUUGCAAAGUAUUCACGAAAGGAUGA